CAGACAUGUCCAGAGGGCUUGUAUUAGAAUGAAUAACAAAUAUUACAUAUCGAGUUCGGAAUACAGAAAGAUUUGGUGUUCAUACCUAUCUGACUCCGUUCCACAUGGACCCUGUGUCAGUGGGGUUUAUUUUUGGGAAAAGGAAUAUGAUUCUUCAGGUGAAAUAGAGUAUGAUUUGGCCAAAUGUUUUGCUUGUGACUUUUGGCCUCCACCUGCUGCGUCCUGGAAAGACAGAUGUCACUUGUGGCCCAAGUCUCAUAUUGUUUCCGAGAUAGUAAAAAAUGGAUGUCACCUUGUAGCAAUAGGACAUACAUCAGGACAUCAUGUGCACAAUGAAUGGAGAAUUUCUUUCUCUCUAGCAGAACAUAAACUUGUGCGUGCUAUGAAUCACUGUCAAUUCUUAACUUAUGGCUUGCUGAAAUUGUUCUUAAAAGAAAUAAUUAACAAUGAUAAUGCCAUAAGUACUGGUGACAAAUUACUGUGUUCCUACCAUAUGAAGACAGCUGUUUUCUGGGUGGCACAACGAAAUACAAUACCUCACUGGUGUCCACAAAAUCUCCUGGAGUGUUUCUGGGUCUGCUUUAAACUCAUCCUCAAGUGGGUGUAUGAGGGAGUCUGUCCUAACUUCUUCAUUCCACAAAACAACAUGUUUCUGAGUAAAGUCCAUGGUGAAGCACAGCUUCAGCUAUUUAUAAGACUGUAUGGAUUGUAUGAGAAAGGUUUAGCAUUCCUUCUAAAUAGUCCCUCCAUUAGGUCUUGCAUUAUAAAUGUCCUUCACAACCCCCAUCUCUCCAUCUGUACAGAUGAACAUACUCUGAUUUCUGAGACUGAGUUUGAUAUUCAACUAUUAGGGGAGUUAGACACACAUGACGCAAUUUCACUUUACAUACCAAACCUAAAAUAUUGUAUGAAGUUCCUACAUAUAAUAGAACAGAUGAUGGGUUCACCCCGCCUGACACAGUACCAAGUCUUGAUGCUGCAGAAAUUUACAACAUCUGUCCUUCAGCAAACUGUUUUUAUAAUAGACAGGGAAACUUACAUACAUAAAAACAAACUUAGGUAUAGAGCUAACAAAAUCUCCUGUUACAUGCUGAAAUUAGCGGCUAAGUUUGGUUGUAUUUCUGACAUGAUGUACAUAGCAAUGUAUUAUUAUAAGACACUUAGAUUCAUGGAAGCUUUAUCUAUUAUAGAGAUAAUCAAGGCCAAGUUAACACAGCCUUAUGUUAUUCAUAGAUAUGUAGAUACAGAGUUGUAUACUGAGGCUGUAGGGGGACAGUCCUGGUCUACAAAGAUGAGACAGGCUGUAGCAGGGGAUAUCAUACUUUACAAUGGAAUCCAUAACAUCACUGAACUGAUACCUGAACAACAGUCUGCUCCACAGAGACACUGGAAUUAUUUAUUUGUACCACCCUUUGUACUGUUAUACAUGCUAGAGAUCUUGUGCUACAGACAUGUAGACACACGGAGAGUACAAACAGCUCUAGAUGAUCUACAGACCCUAGUCCACGAUGAUCAGGGACAGUUUACACCUUUACUCUCCAGAGACAUAUCGUGGCAGAUUCUGGGGAUCUGUCAGCAGGUGACAGGGAACCUCCAGGCUGCUCUAGACUCAUACCAACAAUCUCUCAGACAAAGACCAUUUCACAAAAUACAGACAGCUACAGAAAUGAGAAUUCAGAGAACUUCACACUAAGAUGUCUAGAUUAGUAAAAUAAAUGAGACAUUUUUGUAGAAUCCUAU